AAUAAAGUAUAGUGUUUAGUGUUCAUCUCCUCCCCUUCUGUCUCCCUCAUCCAAACACACUCACGCUAUCUCACUCUUGCGCACGUGCCAUUGGCCAAAGGCGCGCACUCCAGUGCUAAAGUAUACGAGGUUCGGGGACUUACCACUUCAUUGUCAUUAGCGUGCUCAUUCUCUCACGAAAUGUUACUGUGCGUUUGGGUGGAUUUUUGUCUACCGUUUUAAAGCUUUAGCUAUGAGUGUUUUGUUUGGUCGUUCAUUUGAAGGCACGCAGGAAGGGGAAUAUAUUUAAAUGGAGCUGUGGAUAUGGACAUGGCAGGUAACCUGCCUGGCGCUCAUCGCGUCUGUGAUGGAUGUAGUUCUGGCACAGAUUCGUUACACGAUCCCAGAAGAACUGGAGCACGGGGCUUUUGUUGGAAAUAUUGCGGAGGAUCUGGGAUUAGACACCAACAAACUCUCAGUCCGCCGAUUUAGAAUAGUCUCAGGUGCAAAACGGCAAUAUUUAGAGGUGAAUUUAGAAAACGGGGUUUUAUUUGUCAAUGAAAGAAUUGAUCGAGAAGAGUUGUGCGAACAAAAUCCAUAUUGUUCAUUCCAUCUUCAGGUUGUGAUCGAAAACCCAUUGGAAUUGUAUCGGGUCGAAGUUGAAAUAUUUGAUGUUAACGACAACUCUCCAGUCUUUCCAUGGAGUGAAUUUAACCUGGAUAUCUCCGAAUCCGCCGCGCCUGGAUCGCGCUUCCCACUGGAAAGCGCGCAGGACCUGGACGUCGGUGAGAACUCUAUGCGCUCGUAUUUGCUGAGCGUAAACGAACACUUCGUCCUGGACGUCCAGACGCGUAGUGACGGCAGUAAAUUCGCAGAACUGAUCCUUGAAAGUUCGCUGGACCGGGAGCAGCAGAAGACUCAAUUGAUGGUUAUUACAGCGGUGGAUGGAGGCUCGCCAGAGAGGUCGGGCACUGCGCAAAUAAACAUAACGGUACUGGAUGCCAACGAUAACGCGCCUGUGUUCGAUCAGAACUUUUAUAAAGUGAAGCUGGCUGAAAACGCACCGCGAGGCACAGUCGUGAUAAAACUAAACGCCACUGAUAUCGAUGAAGGACCCAAUGGAGAGAUCACUUACUCUUUCAGCGGCCACGCUCCAAUGAGAGUGCGCGAGCUGUUCAGCGUGGAUUCCCGCACUGGAGAAAUCAAAGUAAAAGGACUUAUAGAUUAUGAAAAGGCACGAAUGCACGAGAUUUAUGUACAAGCCAAAGACAAGGGACCGUCUGCGGUGGCAGUGCACUGCAAAGUUAUGGUUAACAUCAUAGACGUCAACGACAAUCUUCCAGAAGUGAUUCUUACAUCAGUAUCUACGCCUGUCCAAGAGAAUGCGCCUCCUGGCACAGUGAUAGCAGUCAUUAGCGUUAUGGAUAAAGACUCUGGGGAAAACGGAAAUGUUGAUUGUGAAAUUCCUCAUCACGUUCCCUUUCAGCUGCACUCCUCUUUUAAAAACUAUUACACUUUGGUUACGUGUGAUUUUCUAGACAGAGAGACCAUUUCAGAGUAUAACAUCACCCUCACGGCGCGUGAUAUGGGCUCGCCUCCUCUUUUUACCAGGAAAACUAUUUUAGUGCAAGUGUCUGACAUAAACGAUAACGCGCCGCGUUUCAAACAGCCCUCCUACACGGUCUACCUGACCGAAAACAACGCGCCAGGAGCCUCGAUUUGCACCAUCACCGCACAAGACGCAGACGCGGAUCAGAAUUCUUACUUAUCCUACUCUAUUCAAGAAAACGACAUCCAUGGAAUGCCAGUGUCCACCUACGUGUCCAUCAAUUCAGAUAACGGCAACAUUUACGCGCUGCGUUCUUUCGACCACGAGCAGCUCAGAAACUUUAAGAUCGUGGUUCAAGCCGAAGAUGCUGGUUUUCCGCCUCUCCGCGCUAACGUAACAGUGAACGUGUUUGUUUUGGAUCAGAAUGACAAUCCUCCAAUCAUUGUAUCCCCAAUGCCCGAGAAUGACACCACAGCGGUUGUAGUUGUCCCUAGAAAUGCUGAUGCCGGAUACCUAGUGGCUAAAAUCACCGCCAUGGACGCGGAUGCCGGGCAAAACUCGCGUCUUUUUUAUGAAGUCCUUCAAGCUACAGAUCUCAGUUUGUUCAGCGUUGCGUUGUACACUGGGGAGAUCAGGACAAUCCGCCGGCUGAUGGACAACGACCCUAGGAGGCAGAGGCUAGUGGUUUUGGUCAAGGACAACGGUCAUCCGCCCCUCUCGGCCACGGCCUCCAUCAUGUUGUCAGUUGUUGACAGCGUGCCAGAAUCAUUGCCUGAUUUUGGUGACCUCGCGCUCAGCCCUCACUACAGGUCAAACCUCACGCUGUAUUUAAUCGUGUCUCUGGGCGCGGUUUCAUUCACGUUUCUCGUGGCUAUUAUUGUCCUGGCUACAAUUAAGGGACACAAGGACAGAAACUCGUGCUGUGGGCUUCAUUCUAAGGACCCCUCCAGUGACGUCAUUAAAAAGUCGAACUUGAACAUUCACAUAUCACCGGGAUCAAAGGGGCCCACGCACUGCGUGGAAGUAAACGCGAACCACCCAAUAGGUCAAAACUACUGUUAUAAAAUGUGUUUAACUCCAGAGUCAUCUAAAAGUGACUUCAUGUUCCUCAAGCCUUGUAGCCCGAUGGGAACAUCUACUCGAAAUAACAUCAAGGAAGUGGAAAAUAAAACUUUGACCUGGAGCCCAACCAGCCACAGUCUUGGUAUAAGGAAUGGGACGACCUCUCCAAACGAGCUCAAACAGGGAAACAAAGACCAAACACUGACUAAGAACCAGCUCAACUAUACAUACAAAAGCCAUACUCCAAUAAACACAGGUAGGACUCUGCAGCGCAGACUGAUUCAGGACUCAGACAACUAUGCUUACACAUCUGUUCCACAGUACUGGACCUGGGGAAAUCACAUGCAUGAUUACAAGACCUCACCUAAGGUUGGGGGCUUUCCAAACCGCUCAUGGACACGUUACAACCAACCGGAUUCAAUUCAACCCUCACCAGACUAUCAACAUAAUGUUUACAUUCCUGGGACACCAUCAACACUCUGUACACUCAAGCUGGCAAACAAUGGGGAGAUUGAAGUCUACAACUCAUUCUCAACUUUUGGCAAAAAGAAAAGGCCGAACAAUAACCGUCAAGAGGAUGCAAUAAUAACCAAUGAUUUUUUCAAAUGAUUUUUCCAUUUGUAUUUUUCAUUUGUUUCUUCCUGUAUAUAAGAUGUAUAUAUUUCACUCGGAUUAAAUGUUCUGUAUAAUUUGCCUUCAUAACUUUCACAGCAAGACAGCACUUAAAUUACUUUUGUUUUCCUGAUA